AUCCUUCCUUUGCUGUCUUCCAAUAGUUAGGUAGCUGCUCCUUGCCGCCUCUUCGCAACCAUUAUAAAGGCUUCCGGGUCGAACAAGCGCCUGGCCCGCCUCUCUGCCUCUCUGCCUCUUACCCCUGAGCGAACCAAGUUGUGCGUUCCAAGCAAAUACCGCCGCAAUGCCCGCUCUUGCUUCUGCCCGUUACGGCAAGGACAAUGUCCGCGUGUUCAAGGUCCAUAGAGAUGAGCAAACGGGGGUCCAGUCCGUCACGGAGAUGACCGUCUGCUGCCUACUCGAGGGCGAGAUCGAGACUGCCUACACCAAGGCAGACAACAGCGUCAUCGUGGCCACGGACUCCAUCAAGAACACCAUCUACAUCAAGGCCAAGGAGCACCCGGUCAACCCGCCGGAGCUCUACGCCAGCCACCUGGGCCAGCACUUCCUGGACCGGUACCCGCACAUCAGCGCGGCGCACAUCCGCGUGGUCGUGCACCGGUGGACGCGCAUGACGGUCGACGGCGCGCCGCACCCGCACAGCUUCUUCCGGGACGGCCAGGAGACGCGCAACGUGGAGGCGACGGUGGCCCGCGGGACGGGCAUCACGCUCGAGAGCAGCAUCGCCGGCCUGCCGGUGCUCAAAAGCACCGGCUCGGCCUUCCACGGCUUCGUGCGCGACGAGUUCACCACCCUGGCCGAGACGUGGGACCGCAUCCUGUCGACCGACGUCGACUGCGCCUGGACCUGGAGACGCUUCCCCACCGUGGCGGCCGUGCAGGACGGCGUCGAGCGGUUCGACAAGGCGUGGGAGAGCGCCCGCGGCAUCGUCAUGAAGACCUUCGCCACCGACGAGAGCGCCUCGGUGCAGAACACCAUGUACAAGAUGUGCGAGCAGAUCCUCGAGGCCGUGCCCGAGGUCGACAAGGUGGCCUUCUCGCUGCCGAACAAGCACUACUUUGAGAUUGAUCUGAGCUGGCACAAGGGUACCAAGAACACGGGCAAGGAUGCCGAGGUGUAUGCGCCGCAGUCGGGACCGAACGGGCUCAUCAAGUGCGAAGUCGCUCGGGACGUUUCGACUGUUGCCCUGAGGUAACGGCAAGACAUGUGGCCACGGGUAUGGGGCUGAUAGGGGAUAGGGGAGGGAGGAUGGGGGGACGGGAGGGGGAUGAGGAAAUCACGAGUGUUUGGGCGCCGCUUUCAGGAGCUGGAUUAUGACCAGUAUUCUUUCUGGCUUGUCCCUAACUCUACCACAUCUCUGCUGCUCUAGACGGUCAGACAUCAGCAGUUUGACCACCGGAGCAUGUGCGGCCAGAAUGGUUUACCACAGAGCUGUGGGUCCGCGGCCGCGAGCUCCUCAUCUGGAGAGAACAGAAUCUUUCAUAAUUUACAGCAAUGCAUUGAUAAUACACAAGA